GCGUCGACCUGUAGGGUGGCACUGCCCGCUGCCACCGUGGCGCCCUGAUCAGAUGCCGCGGGGCAGUUUUCGCCACCGUGAAAGAAAGAAACGGCCUCCAUAAUUUUUCGGGCACAUGGCAGACAGCGCAGACAGGUCAUAUUUCUAGCAGCCGCGUGUGCUUUCCUGCUGGUCCCCUCUGCCCGCUGCCACUGCUGCCAUCUCAAAGCUCGUGGUCACUUCGCCAUCGAGCUCCCGCUCGCUCCCCCUGCCUCAUUUCGCUCCUCUUCUCCGUUCCUCCAUCCCCUUUUCUUUCAGUUCCUUUCAGUGAAUUCGAGCUUGCCGCCUGGGUGGUAUCACGCGGAGCACACCAGGCGGCGUGCACGUUGAGAGCAUUGUCUCGGAUGCGGCGGCCUCGCAUGCUCUGAGGCAUGCCAGAAACCAUUCUCAGAAAUUCGGUUGGUAUCUGGAGGAAGCUUGAGAGGUGUCUCGAGCACGCCCGGCGGCAUACGAAGGUUGCGUCUAGCAUUGCCACCGCUUCCUGCAGCAGCAGCAUGAGGAGUGGCACGUGGGUCCUGCGGCACGGCAACCGCGUCCCAGCAUGUGCGUCUGCUCUUCCAUGCGUCUCCAUCUACAUUUCCAUAUCUUGGGAGAGCCAAUGUUAUUGGGCAUGGCGCCCAUUUUUGUCCGCAACCCUUUCGGGCGUCCACAUGUUCGCUGUGGGGACAAGUACCUGGCGGCACGUCAAGAUGCCUCUUGAGAUCGGAUCGAAUCUGGUCCCUUUCCUAGAGGCUUCCCGUCGCUGGCACGCUGAGCACCCAGCCCUCUCACAACGUGGAGCGUAGGGCGACCGGCACGUGCGUGGAUCGCACUGCUCGGCGUUUCGAGUGUUUCGAGUUACGUCGUCCCAGAUGGACGACGGCGCUGCGCGCUCGCGAGGGCAUCUGUGAUUGGUUGUUUAUUUUCCAGGACCUACGUCCAUUCACCUAACCUGGUGUGCUUCACUCCCCUGCGGGGGAUACGUGGUUUGUCAUUCUGUACUGCUGCCCGUGCUGAGACGCCACUGCACGGGCCGGAAUCCGCAGAGGGCGUCUAUACACAUUGUGCUUGGCCAUGGCAGUCCCGGGCACCAGGAUGGUGUACAGACCCCCUUUGAACCCCUUUGGCCUCGGCCAGAAGGGCCUCCUCCUCCUCCUCCUCCUCCUCCUCCUCCUCCUCCUCCUCCUCCUCUUCCUCCCCCUCCUCCUCCUCCUCCUCCUCCUCCUCGCCCUCCGUGUGCACCGUGGCAUGGCUUAACAAGACCCUUGCCGGGCAUGGUGGUGGUGUACGGAUGCUAUUAUCAACAGUUGGUGGACGAUCACACCUCUCCUGUCCGCAGCCUGUUGCGUUCCAAGCUGGCCCACCACGCCUACUCUUGUGUGCAUGCAAGGGGAUUCCAGGGCUGCGGCCUCGAGCUUGGAACUGGCAUUGGCUCCCCGCAUGGUCGGAGCCUGCGUACGCAGGCAGCCGCCGUUCGUUGUUUUUUUUAUCAUGCCGUGCACGCAGCCUGGCAGGCGCCCCACGACGUACCGCGGCAAGCGGAUGGGUACGAGGAGCUCGGAGGACAAGCGUGCUGCUGCUGAUAUUGAGGAACAAAUCUUGAUUUGGAUACUCAUUGUGAUGAUGAUGCUGGGUAUGCUGCUACUGUGGCUGAUGAUGAUGAUGCUGCUGA